CUGACACUCAACCAACUGCCGACCUUCGAAACCAACAACGAGAUAAGACUCGAACCAAAAUGGACACAGAUUUCACUCAAGAGUCUGUUUUGCAUUUUCUCCAGAGUAGAGGAGGCUCGGUGAAAAAUUCCGACUUGCUUCUACACUUCAGGGGCUUCCUCCGGGACCACGCUGACCAGGUUCGGAACCGCGAACUCUUCAAGAAGUUCGUCAACUCCGUGGCCACGGUCAAGCAGGAGCACGGGGUCUCGCAUGUCGUUCUCAGGAAGACAUUCCGGGCUUCUGGAACCGCCGCUUCCGGGACGUCCGCCGGAAGACCCGCUGAACCUCCACCCGCUAAGGCUCCCUUGAACCCGGCUUGGAGCAAAGAGAAAAUUCGGCAGAAACCAUUUCCCCGAAAGGAGCCAGCAGCCACUCUCCCAAGAGAACCUGAUAGCAAAAACGUCCUACCGGCGGCUGGUAUCGUACUUGACAACAACAAUGGAGACACCAAUUUGAACGUCACGCUGCAGGUUACGAGAGCAGAAGCAGUUGCAGCUGCAGCUGUGAGUCACGCUCAAAUCUCAGCAAAAACCCAACCGAGGCCCCAAGGGAUCCCGGAGCAUCCUGCUAUGACCCAGAGCCUCCCCCAAGGGGGUCCCUUGAAAGCCUCGGUCCAACAUGGAGGAAGCAGCCAGCAGGUGUCACCUCCAGAAACCCCAAAAAGCAACCCAAGUCUGCCUCAGGUCAGUCUUCAUGCUCAGACACGCCGCCCCAGAUACAGGCACAGCUACAAAACUGCAGUCUCCUAUGAUGAUGAUGAUGAUGAUGAUAAGGACGAGGAGGAUGAAGAUGAAGGGCUCAAGAUGAAGCUGAGUACAUCAGGAGGAGUUAGACCCCUCAGCGAUCUCCUUGAAUCCCCAGCUGCCUCCAGCAUAAAUCAGCCCGUGGCCUCAUCAUCACCAGAGAGGGCGCUUCCAAAGAUUUGCGUCCAGACUGACGUGGAGGGACAGCUGCUCCAUUCCCCUCCAGGAUGGAGUUUGGAGCCAGGGCUGCAGCAAAGAGGACGCAAUGUGGGACCAAGUGUGGUUCCUGUUUCUCCCCCCGGAGAGUCUAUGCCCAACCGGCGUAGUCUGCCCGCAGAGCGCUGCAUUCCGUCUCCACAUAGAGCUGAAGAGGAGGAGAGACGGUACUCGCAGCCUCCGGGUUUUGCCUUGGAGCACAGACACGGAUGGAGUCCAAAUGAAAGGACGUGGCUGUCGAGCAGCCACGACAGCAUCUUCUCCUAUCCAUCUGAUGCUGCCUUCUCCAGCAAUGAGUGGGCAGUUACAGAAUCAGGGAGAUACAGCAACACUGAGAAACAACAUUUAGUAGCAGGUGGUCCUACCAAUGCCUUUAAAGCUCAGGUCCUCCAACGACACCCUCAGGCAAAACCUGGAUAUAUCCUGCCUCACACUGACCUGAGGGUCACAGCACCCUGGCAUCACUCUACAGGCAAUCUCCAAGAGAAACGGGCAUCUCCAGCCCGUGUGCCACCAUUACAUCACUCCUCUGACCAUCUUAACCAGCAGUCUGUGUCCAGAGGAGUUUCAUGGCACCAUUCCUCAGGUGAUCUCUACGACGACCACGAAUCAAGUGACUGCUCCGCCUCGUCACCAGCACCGCGUCAGCGCCCAACGCUCGCCAGGCACAUCAGCAGUAAGUUGAAAGGCAGGAUGUGCCGCAGCAUGGGCGCGGACCUCAACCAACUCCUCCAGGAGGAAGAGGCAGUGGCUCAAAGCAGUGCAGGAGGAAACGAAGCGGCGAGGCGGAGUCGCCUCCACCGGAUCUCGUCCUCGCUGAGCCUGCCCUACAACCUGUCGUCAUCCUCGCUGUCAUCCUCCUCCACACCAUCUCGCUGCAACAGCCUCGCUGACUUGGCCGAGGGGCCAGAAGCGAAAGGGAAGUGUCCUCCGGUAACUGCUGGUGGUCAUCAUGAAAGCCCCAAUAGGCAGUCAUUGGUUCCUCUGGAGCCCAGAGAACACGCCUGGCUGGUGAAAGGGGCAUCAGGAGCUUGGCCAGACAUCUACUCCCUGUUCAGAGAGGACGCCACUCUUCUCAACAAACGAGACUUCAUCUCUGGCUUCAGUGUUCUGCACUGGAUCGCCAAACACGGCGACCACCGAGUUCUCAACACACUCUGGUACGGUGUUCAAAAGGCCGGUUUGGCGUUUGACAUUAACGCCAGGUCAUCAUGCGGCCAAACGCCACUUCACAUCGCUGCCAUCCACGGCCACAAGAACAUAAUUCGCCUGCUGGUCAACAAAUUCGACGCGGACGUGAAGCUGAGGGACACGGCCGGGAAGAAGCCUUGGCAGUACCUGAGCCGAAGCGCGCCGUCGGACGUCUUUCACACGUUGGGAGCGCCGACGCGGAACGCCGGAGGAGGGGAAGGGGGAUUCCCAGUGGGAGAACACCACAGCGAACAGAAGCAGCAUCACCGCCGACGCCAUCGACGACAUCGCCUGUCCUUCGCCUCUCCGGGCGAAAGGCCCAGGACCGUCUCUGGCGUGAAAGUCAAACGGUCGUCAUCAAUCGCAGCAUUCUUAAAACACAAAUCACUGGCUCGCUUUCAUGGAUACAAGUCUGAUGGCUGAGGAGCACAUAAGUAGUGUGAAACAUACAUUUUGGGGGGUUUCUUUUUUUUAGCUGUCUCAGCUUGACUGAACAACAGGUUCUCACCUGCCUUGUUUUUAAUAAUCCCCACAAUUAUGGAAAGCCGUUUGAGCAUAUAGUCAGGAUCCUUGAUAUCCAGCUCCAGGUCCAUGUACUAGUAUUCUCUUUUCCCCCACUAGAAGGACAACAAGGCGACCUCAUAGAACUAUGUCAUGCUCGUAAAAAUAAUUUCCCACUACAGUAUGACAUUUCUCCACACUAGUAGAAUAACUUUGGAAUGUUAUUAGAGAGGAAAAACUGCACGAGUUGACAUCUGCCCACUGCUUGUGCUACUGUGAAGCACUAGAUGUUAACUAGUAGAACUUUGUCACUAAACCUGUUUGAUAUCCUAGAUAUCCUGUCCUCACUAAUAGGAUGACAUACUAUUAGCACAACUAUGUUACUAGUGAGGCAAAACUGUUCUCUAGUUGAUGUGUACUACUAGUGACAUGAGAUUUUAACAGUUAGCGCUUCACUAGUAUCACUAGAUAGUAAGUGUAUCCUAUUCUAUAGAGUUUAAAGUGGUUAUCGAGAAUAUCGCUCAAACGGCUUUCCGUACACGAUGGGAAGACUUAAUCCUGCUUGGGCUUAUCCAACUGUAAUUCUCACACGAUGAGUCAUUUACAUUUUUUAGAUCUAAACGGACAACAGACAAAUUCAGUGCAAGUAAGGCAACACGGCUUUGCCAAAGAAAAGGUUGUGCUACAACAAAGCCUCUUGUCGUUAGUGAUUAAAGCGAGUUUGCAAAGCGGACGUGUCGGUGAUGUUCUUCAUGACGAAAUGUCGAUUAUCUUUCAGGCUGAAAGAUCUAAGUUCACUUUCUCUCUUCCCAAUUUACACAAACAUCUGUGAGGACCAACAUAUAAUGUUUGAAAGCAUUCAUAUUUUUAAGACGUCAUCAUUUCAGUUGCUCAACAUGGUGUGCUGAAACACAUUAGCUAUCUUUAAUUGUGAAAUUCAACCUUUGAAAAUGUGUUUAAUGUGGUGCCUCGCUCUUUCUACUGUUGUUUCCAUUAUGGCUCGAUAUUGCGCUUGCGUGGAAACACUGAUGUGAAGAAUUUCUCUGCAUUUGUGUUUAACAGUGUCAAACUUGGUGUAAACAUACCUUCAUCCAUGUUCUAUCCCGCUUUGCCUCACUGAGGUCGCGGGCAUGCUGGGGCCUAUCCCAGUUAACUCUGGGCAAAAGGCAGCCCUGAACUGGUCACCAGCCAAUAGAUUUACAAUUUAGAGUCCUCAGUUUACCUACCAUGCAUGUUUUUGUGAUGUGGGAGGAAACCCAGGCAGGCACGCGGAGAACAUGCAAACUCCACACAUGCGAGGCCGGAUUUGAACCCGCAACCUCAGAACUGUGAGGUGGAUGUGCUAACCAGUCGUCCACCAUGCCCUGGUGUAAAUGUAAAUAAUGUCAUUUUUCCCCACCAGCACAGAUCUGCAUGGCGAAUUGUACUUUUUAGAUUGUUUUCGUCUCAACUGUACUGAACAAUAUUUUUAUUGGUCUGUGGCUGGACAAAUGAAUCGAAUUAAAUUAUUAAAGCUUUCU